AACAAGUUGUGUUGACGGCUAGCCUGAUGCUAACCCGAUGCUAGCUAGCCUACUUACGUCAACACAGUCUGGGCAAAUCCCCUUACCGACUCUUAUGGUUUUACAAGUCUUGUGGACAUUUGUAUUCAUGCAGUGUCGACUAUCGGUGUGAGACAUGCAGGAUAAGUAUACGGAGAUAGACCUUCUUCAGCAAAUACUCGGUUUGAAUUUAGUGCCGAGGAAGAAUGGCACAUACCGAGGAAACGACACAUCUCUCAACGACUUCUCAGAGAUGUGGUACGGAGUGUUCCUGUGGGCCGCGGUCUCCUCCCUGGUGUUCCACCUGCCCGCCGCCCUGCUGGCCCUCGCCACGCUGCGGCAGCACAAGAUGGCGCGCUUCAUGCCCAUCGCCAUCCUCCUCAUGGGCAUCGUGGGGCCCAUCUGUGGGGGGGUCCUCACCAGUGCGGCCAUAGCAGGAGUGUACAAGGCGGCGGGGAAGAGGAUGAUCUCGUUGGAGGCGCUUGUUUUCGGUGUGGGACAGUCCUUCUGUGUCCUCAUCAUCUCCUUCUUCAGGGUGCUCGCCACCCUUUAGCAGAGCCCGAUGCUGACAACAGUGUCACAUGGUACAGGACUAGAUACACAUGUGACCCGGGACAUGAUGGCCCUUCCUGGAUGGACCAAGAGCAGAGUGCACCUGUCACAGAAAGAGCUGUGUGGUGUGUGUUCUGCAGGGCCGAACACACACCACACAGCUCUUCUCUGGACUAAACUGAGGAUGCUCACCCAGGGUCAGCUGCACAUACAGUCAUGGUCAUUCCUGCAGGAUGUGAAGGCAGCAGGAGGACCCUCUCUCUUCUCAGGGGCCGUGUGUGUGUGUCUCAUGACUUUGACUCCAUGCACCGCCUGCACAGAGACGCUAACAGACAGACUGAUGAUGGUAAUAUGCAAGAUUCUGGCUUUUUCCCCCUUCGAGGCCUUAAUUUCUAACUUCCAAAGUGGUGUUUCUCUUCAGGGAUGUCUUUCUUUCUCUCUCUCUCUCUCGCUGCUCCUUUUGUUCUUCCUCAUAUUGAUUUGAAUGAAUCCACUGCCUGUUAGUAAUUCCAAUGAGUGAGGAGCGCCCACGACAUGUUCCCUUCAGCUCAUUUAUUUUAAGUGAAGAGGUUUUUAUAGAUGAUUUCUAUUUUUAUUGAUGUCAAGAGAAUGUCUUCAGUUUGUUUGUGUGGAUAUAUAGAAGUCUAAACAUGUCCAAAACGGAGAAAGAGCUUUUCUUUCCUCCUUUUGAUGUUUUACAUGUGGUUCAUUUGGUAAAACACUGAACUUAUAUUUGAAAUGAUUUCCAGGUCUUUGUAGCUUUUCGAUGUCUAUGACCAAAUUGCUUUGCUCGUUUUCUUUCUUCUGCAAAACCUCAUCUGUAGUUCAACGUGCUCAUCAAAUUCCCACAGUCUUCAGUGACUGAUUUUCGUUGCUGUUGGUAACUGACGGUGCUUUUAAAUGAACUCAUUCUGACCGUUGAACUUAACAUGUAAUACUUUCAUUUGAAAAACAAUAGCUUGCAAGAGAUACUGUUUUUUUAGUUUUAGCUACUCUUGAAUACUGAUUUAGACGAGCUGCUGACACCACGAGCACAAAUGGUAUUAUUUGUUGUCUGAUAGAAAACAUUUUCACAUUAAUUUACAUUGCGUUUGUUUUAAAAUCUAUUUUUUUUAUCUUUGUCUUGAUGAAAAUGUCCUUCUCUCAACACUGUUUUACUCUUGAUGACACAAACAUAAACCACCCCUUUAUUUUUG